AUGGACAACUCGCGACCAUCGUCACCAGAUGCGCUCCCGCAGGACCUCUGGUCGUCCAUUCUCGACUCAGUGUCGAGCACCCGCUCCAUUCCUACUAAGCAGGUCCUCGUCCUGGGCGAACCGUCUUCAGGGAAGUCGGCAUUAGUGUCUGCAUUGUUGCAGAAACCUCCAGCAGAUGCAGACAAGGAGGAAGAACGCUCAGACUUUGCGUUGGGCUAUGACUGGGCGGAUGUGCGAGACGAUGCAGAUGAAGAUACCCUUGCGCGACUUUCUGUAUACACAAUACCCUCCUCCGCACCCUCAUACACAUCUCUGUUGCCACACUUCGUACCGCCACGGACGUGUCUGCCACAUACAGUCGUUCUGAUCAUCCUAGACUGGACAAAACCUUGGACGUUCGUCGAGGAGCUAGAAACAUGGCUUCAAUGGGUGGAAAACUGGACAAAGGGAGAUGGCGCAAGAGAACUCGAGAUUACGCGAGAAGAGAAUCGCGAACGACAUCUACCUCUGGGGCCUGGUACUUUCACGCAUAACGCAGCCGGCGUGCCAAUCAUCGUGGCAUGCACCAAGGCUGACCUCAUUGACGAGAACAACGACGUCAUCGGUGCGGGAACCUCUGGCAUGGGGGGUAUGGUCAAGGGGAAGGGAGGCGAAUGGGAGGAGCGGACAGACGGCGUCAUGCAGGUUCUGCGGACGGUGUGCCUCAAAUAUGGUGCCGGGCUCUUUUAUACAACGCCUUUGCCUGAUACGCUACAAGUGUUGCGGCAAUACGCCCUCCACCUCCUUUUCAUGCCUCCAGCGUCGUCACCUGGCUUCUCGUCAGGAACAGAAGCUCCAGCACCCGUGCGGAAUCCCUUUCCCUUCCAGCAAAAACCAAACACAUUAGACCGAGACAGGAUUGUUGUGCCAGCAGGGUGGGACAGCUGGGGUAAGAUAGGUGUUCUCCGGGACGGGUUCGACGCCAAGCUGUGGGGCGAAGCAUGGGAACGCGAUCUUGAGCCAAUGGAGGGUGAGACAGAGCCUGGGGCCAAGAGGUUGUACAGCUCGCUCGUACCUGAUCAGGGUGCCAAGGUUGGUCCGCCACCAUUGCCGCCGGUCAACAACCCUACCCCAGAACAAGCCUUCCUCGCGAAGAACUACGACGAGAACUCGAAGAAACCAGACCGAGAUCCACGUGGUGCGUUCCGAAACCCCAAUGAGACGGUUGCGACGGGUAUUGUCGGCCCCAUGGGCAGCAUCAGUUUCGCUCUUCCAAAUGUGGAGCGGGCGCUCACGGAGAUGGAGGGCGUCGCAGGAGGGGGUGGGAGCACGUUGGGCACGAACGGAGGCGGGGACGCUGCUGCACGGAAACUCACAACACGUCCUGCGGCUCGUAUGCAGACAUCGACGCUGGCUGUGCCAAUGGCACAAUCAACAUCGCGGUCGCCAGCACCGUCACCCACUCUGACUGCGUCCCCAAGUACGCCGGGAGGGCCAACGCAGCACGAGGUGCUGCAGAAUUUCUUCCAAAGCUUGCUGAGCUCGAACAAGGAGAGGUCUGCUACGACCACGAGUGCCUCUGCGACGAGGACGACGUCGCCAAAGGCGAACGGAAAUACGAACGGGGCGGACGAAGGGACCUAG